UUGCCAAGUGAUAAACAGACACGGGUGUGUGGUAGAUUUGGGGUUUUUCAGUGCGAAUAGGGUGGCUCGAGUUUGUUUAGUUAAAGGCAUCAGUUGACUUCUGUGAUCAUGGUGAAAAUGCUGCUGUACGGCCUUCAGGAGACGAUGGAGAAAAAAUGGACAUACCGUGCUGUCUAUUCCAUCAUCCAGAUACAUUUUGUCAGGGGAAUAUGGGAAGGAAAAUUCAGCGCAGGAGAAGACAUUUAUGCUUUACCUGGCUCUGAUGUCAAUCUGACCUGCCAAACACAGAAGGAAGGCAUCUUGGUGCAAAUGCAAUGGUCCAAGGUCACCGAAAAGGGGGACCUCAUUGCCCUUUAUCACCCCCAAUAUGGCUUCCACUGUGCCAAUGGGGUUCCCUGUAAGUCACUGGUGACUUUCACAGAAACUCCUGAGAACGUGUCAACAUGGACGCUGCACUUAAGGAACAUGUCCUCCUCACUCAGUGGGAAGUAUGAGUGCAGCUUUAUUUUUUACCCACUAGGCAGUCAGACUAAAAUCUACAACCUUCUCAUUCAGAAAAAUGUUACACAGGAAGAAUGGAGAAGCCACAAUACAAUAGAAAUAGAGAUAAAUCAGACUCUGAAAAUACCAUGCCUUCAAAAUAUCUCCUCGGGAAUUUCAUCUGAGUUCACCUUUGCAUGGUUGGUGGUAAACAGCAGGAUAGACACAUAGGUCCUUCUUUAUGUGAGAAUAAAGGAAGAUAAUGGAACUCAGGAAACACUUUUCACCCGGGAUCACCGCAUCAGCAAAUCCACAUUAUUUAAAGACAGAAUCAAGCUAGGUGCAGACUAUGGGCUCUACCUCUCUCCAGUCCAAAUCCACGACGAUGACCGGAAGUUCUCUUGCCACGUUAUAGUCAGGCCUGGCAAAAUCUUCAGGAGCUCCACCACGGUCAAGGUUUUCGCUAAGCCAGAAAUCCCCAUGAUUAUGGAAAAUAACUCCAUGGAUGUCUUGGGAGAGAGAACAUUUACCUGCUCACUGAGGAAUGUAUUUCCUACAGCAAAUCUCACAUGGUUUAUAGACAGAAGUUUUCCUCAAGGUGAAAGAGAAGAAAUAUACAUUACAAAUGAAGAGAGAAAAGACAAAAGUGGAUUUUUGAACAUAAAGUCUGUUUUCACAAGGGUGUAUGGCAAUGAACCAGCCCAAUCAAACAACCUGACCAUCUGGUGUGUGGCUCAGACUCCAGUGCCUGGAAAUAAAAUGUGGAAUAUCUCAUCUGAAAAGAUCACUUUUUCCUUGGGCUCAGUAAACCCUCCGACAGAUUCUGCACUAGGUAUUACAGAAUCUACCCUUGGCACCCAACCUUCUCCAGCCAACAACGUAUCUCCCACAGGAUAUCUAGCUACGUCUUCAAUGGCCCCUGUAGAUGUGAGCACCCUGACUCCAAACAACACACCUCAAACAAGCAAUUCCAGUGUGACUACCCAAGGCUUCAACUACUCCUGGACCUCCAGUGGGAAAGACAUCAAAAACUCAGCUUCAUGGAUGCCCAGUGAAACAUACAGUCCAUUCCCCUCAGGUGCGGGCUCCACACUUCAUGGUGAUGACUUCAUCAGCACAACCAAAGAAUUUCCAGAAGUUCCCACAACUGACAAUAGAUCUACUAAAAAUAAUGACAUCCAUAUCACUGUUAUUGUGGCUAAGAAGCCCAAAGAUGGAACAUCCUGGCCAGUAUUGGUAGCAGCUUUGCUCUUUUUAUGCCUGGUAUCGUUUGGUCUUGGAGUGAGAAAAUGGUGUCAAUACCAACAAGAAAUCAUGGAAAGACCCCCACCUUUCAAGCCGCCUCCACCUCCCAUCAAGUACACUUGCAUUCAGGAGUCCAUUGGAAGUGAUCUACCCUGUCACGAGAUGGAAGCACUCUAACCCUUUGAGACUUUGCCAUACAAUGAAACUCUGCUAGAAUCCUAUUGAGCAUGUAGAUAUUUUGUUUAUUAAGUAUUCGCCCU